GAGCUGGCCAACAACCCACGGGGAGAAACCGUGAUCACUCCUCUUACGUAGCUAGAACAAUGCUGAGAUUGAUAAUUAAUAAUCAUAUGUCCCUCUUCAUGGAAGCACAUGUUCGGGCUUGGGAAUGAGAACUACUCCUACCUACCCAGACAUAAGAUUCUUCAUAAACCAUCCCCAGCAAGACCUCAUGAGAAUUAUCUACCUACCUAAACCAUGGCUCCUUCACGACUGAGUCUUUCCGAGCUUGCCGUCAAGCUCGCUACUGACGGCCCAACAAAGCAAGAGCCGGCUAAUCGCCGUGUCCGUGGCCUUCUCGGUGGACACUGGCUCUUCGAUACCACUGACGCAGUCUACGUCUGGGAGCACCAGUAUUAUCCCGUCUUCUACAUCCCCCUGAAGGCUCUAGAUGCUGGCCCAGGGGAAAUCUCCAAGGGCAAGACGGAUGAGAAGGGGUUCUGGAUCGGCACCCUCCAUCUCGAUGGCCGAGACAUCCAAGUGGCGGGCUUCUCAAAGGGCCCGUUGGACGGCCUGGUGAAGAUUCCGGCGGAGUCGCUCGACUCGUGGUUCGCCGAGGACGAGAAGCUCCUGGGCACGCACCCCAAGGACCCGUACACGCGCAUCGAGUGCCUCCCGUCGUCGCGCGAGGUGCGCAUCGAGGUCGGCGGGAUCGUGGUCGCGCGCAGCGCCAACAACGUCUUCCUCCACGAGACGCGCCUGCGCACGCGCCACUACCUGUCCCCGACAUCGGUCGUCGACUGGGGGGCGCUGGUGCCUAGCGACACGACCAGCUUUUGCCCGUACAAGGGCCAGGCGAGCUAUUACCACCUCCGGGUCGGGGGUAGGGAGAUUAGGGAUGCAGUGUGGUAUUACACGUACCCGACGGCGGAGUCUGCUGCGAUUCAGAACCGGCUGUGCUUCUAUAAUGAGAAGGUUGACGUGUAUAUUGACGGGGUGAAGGAGGAGAAGUAGAUCUGGCCUUGCUGGGCCAGGCCUAGCUAGGCUUGAUAAAAUGGCGUAAGUCGAGAUUGUUUCGCUGGUUAAUGCUAUUACAAAUAAAAUGCCCAAAUAAAACCCUCGUCUAUCCAAAACUCCCCCGUCAUAGUCGUUGC